AUGAAUAAAUGGUUGGCUCCGUCAUCAAUACAUUUCCUUCAAAUGGAUAGUCAAAUAUUAAAUGAUACCAACAGUAUUACAGACAGUGUUGUCAAUGAAUUGAGUCAACAAUUAGCGGCACAAGAGUUGUUGUCAACUGCCGGCAACAGAGUAUCAAAAGUGCCUAAAAUGCAAGUCUCCGAAAAAGAUGGACAACUGUUUGCCCUAAAUAACAGUUCACUAAAACUGAUGCUUCAAUUGGAAAAACAGGGAAAACUUGGUGACGGACUGAUACCAGUAGAAGUGGUGCCACUAAGCAAAGUGCCCGUCAAUAUACAGAUGGCAAUGAUCGGCACCAGCGAUGAACAUCAUAUUGACCAUCAUUCUGAUGGUGUACAUCAUGAAACCAAUGUCGAUACCGGAGCCAAUUGUGGCAAUUGUAGCAAAUAUAGUGAUGAUUACCACAAUAUUACUAAUCAAACUAAAAGACUAAUAAAAUUAACUAAACCAUUGAAAGCUAAUCAAUUGGUGAACCAAUUAAAUAGUGAUAAACUAGUAGUGGAUGGCAGUGUCGCUCAAGACGUCAGCGAUGUUGACAACAGUGGCAGCGAAUCCAGUGAUGAUGAAGAAGACGACGACGAGUUAAGCGAUUGGUCGUCGCAGUCAUCCACCGAUGAGACCCUACAGUGCAAUGUCUGCGACCAUACGUAUGCCACGAGCCGACAGUUGGCCAGACAUCAGAUGCAUCGCAAACACUUUGGCUGCUCUUUAUGCGACACUCUGUUCCCAUCGAUAGCAGCCCUACAACAGCACAAACAGUCACUCGAGCACUGGUCGGACAAUGAUUGCGAGGAUGACUGUAAUCAUCAAACAAUUACUGAUGAAAACAACGGUACUGACGGUACGGCAAGUGGUGGUCGACCACCACUGCUAACAGUCAAACAUGAUUUGGAAAGACUAUUGUAA